GUGAUGCUGACAUGUGAAGACGAGAUGCAGUGAUUUAUAAUUGACUCACCGUGGGUCCUCAGUUCUACCCGGUAUUGCAACUCUACUAUUUGACCACAUACUCAUGGAGUCUUUACGACCGACCGACCAACUACCACUACCUACCUACAAAAGAUAUCACAUUAUAGAAAUUUAAAAAUGGCCUCCCCAGCCACAACACUCCUCUCACGAUACCCAUGGGUAUCCAGCCCAUUCAUUGUCAGCGCACCAAUGCGCGUCAUGUCCGGCCCGGCACUAGCCGUCUCCGUAUCUCAAGCCGGCGGGCUAGGAUUUCUCGGACCGCGAGUCAAAACCGAAGAAACAUUAGCCGACCUAGAAGAAGCGACAUCGCUGAUCGCAAAAGCCGCACCGCAGCACGGCACAUGGCCCACUAACGUCCUCCCCGUCGGAGUCGGCUUCCAGCUGUGGAGCGACGAUUCGACGAUCGCGGCGGCUGCCGUGGAAAAGUUCCGGCCCUGCGCGGCGUGGCUGUAUGCGCCCCGGGACGGCCAGCGGGGCUUGGACGAGUGGUCGCGCUUGGUACGCCGUGCGUGUCCGGAGACCCAGGUGUGGGUGCAGGUGGGGACGCUGGCUGAGGUCAAGGAGCUUCUUCUGCGACGGGACGAGGAGAGGCCGGAUGUGGUUGUUAUUCAGGGUGCUGAGUCGGGAGGCCAUGGGAGGGCGACGGACGGGAUGGGGCUGAUGUCGCUGCUGCCGGAGGUGGCGGAUGUGAUGGCGGGAAGCGGGAUCCCGCUGUUGGCGGCGGGGGGCAUUGCGGAUGGACGGGGCGUGGCGGCUGCGAUCUGUUUGGGGGCGUCGGGGGCGGCGAUGGGGACGCGGUUCCUUGCUGCUCGUGAGGCGCGUAUCAGUCGUGGGUAUCAGGAUGAGGUUGUCCGGGCGGCGGAUGGGGCGGUCGCGACAAGGCGGACGCUGCUGUAUAAUCAUCUUCGGGGGACGUUCGGGUGGCCGCAGGAGUAUAGUCCUCGGACGAUUAUCAAUCGGUCGUACGUGGAGCAACAGGAGGGAAAGCCAUUUGAGGAGCUGCAGGUGCUUCACGAUCAAGCUUCCAAGGCGGGUGAUGCUGGCUGGGGGCCGCAGGGGAGACUGGCAACCUACGCGGGGGCGUCAGUCGGAUUGAUCCAUGACGUUCAAGAUGCUGCAACCAUUGUUCAUGAUGCUCAGAGGGCUUGUCGGGGGCUUGUUCGGUAGUUGGGUGGCAUGAGAGUCGUCCAGCAAACGGACACGAUAGUAGUAUCCGAUCCAGGCUUGUUAACCAUUUCGAUGAGGAUAUCUGGGGAUCAUAUAAACAGUUGUUUUCUUGUUUCUCCUUCUCUAUAUUGGCAACAUGUCAGUCUUCCAAGGGCCUCUUCCUUCCGGUCACUGCAUAAAUGGCACACAAAGAGGGUGGAGACUGACGAGAGGGAUCUACACGAUAUGCACCAAGUUUGAGUCCAGG